AUGACUGUCAUAUUAGCUCUCUUUUACAAAGAUAUUAAUAGUAGUUGCUAUUCGAGUGAUGGAAAAACACUUCAAGAAGUUACUGAUCCAUCACCUUAUCUUAGAAUAUCAGCUAAAUGUGAAAUUAUACAAGUCAACUGCUUUUAUAAUCUAAGUUCCUUAAAAUCAUUUUCAUUUGAAGAUAAUACUAACUUAACAACUAUAGGAGAAAAUAGUUUUUACCUUUGUCUGAAUCUUACUCUUAUUAAUCUAUCUUCUUGCAAAAAACUAACAAAAAUUUCUUCAUAUGCUUUUUACGAUUGCGAUCAAGUUACUGAAGUCUUUUUACCAAAAAGAGUUCUUGAAAUCGGUUCUUAUGCUUUUUAUGAUGAUGUAAGGAUAACAAGAAUUCUUAUUCCAGCAUCAGUGGAAAGAAUCAAUAAAGGUGCAUUUAGUACUACCGAUCUGCGCGAUCUUGAAUUUGAAGAAGGAUCAAAUUUAACAUCAAUAGAAGCCAAUGCUUUUGAACAGACUAAAUUUACUUCUUUUGAAAUUCCUGAAAGUGUUACAAAAGUCAGUGGUAUCGCAUUUAAUUAUCGUGAAUUACCAACUAUAACAAUUCAUCGUAAAAAUAAACAUUUAGUAAUUGAAAGCAACAAACUUUUUUCAUCAAAUAAAAGCAUUUUGUUUUUAUUUCUUAAUAGAAAUCUCAAUAGUUAUGUAAUUCCUGAAUCCGUCACAGUUCUUGGAGAGUACAGUUUUUAUAUGAAUGAAAUAACUUCAAUCACUCUUCACAAUUCUGUAACAACUCUUAAAGAUUAUUGCUUUUACUUUUGUUCUAAUCUGAUAACAUUGACAAUUCCAGAAAGCGUGAAAUAUAUUGGAGAAGGAGCAUUCACGUCUUGUACUAGUUUAAUCAAUGUCACAUUUUUAGGUCAGGUUGAUCAACUUGGUCUGUAUAUAUGUAGUGAUUGCAGAGCUCUCGAACUCAUUAUUUUCCCUAAUUCACCAACAAUCUUUGAUGCAUUUUAUUUAAUUAGUAGUGAUAUACAAAACGUAAGAAUGGCAUUCACCCACAAAACAUUAUUUUCAUAUGUUUCAAUUCAAACAAAUGUGAAUAUUUCAGUUUCAUAUCUAGAUAACCCAAAUCUCAUUAUUACAACAAAUUUACUAGUAAUGAAUUAUGACCAAACUAUAUUAUAUGAAUUUUAG